GUAAGAAGCUUAUAGUCGAACGACAAUUUCUGAAAACAUAAACAACGUGAAUCAAUGUGAAGAAUAAAAUUAUUAAAUUGUAUUGGUUUCUACAUUAGGUUUCCAUAAAUUGAAUUUGGAUUGAAAUUUUAAAAUUAUUGAGUAAAGAAUUGAAAAAUGGCAAAGCAAAAUAAAGAAGGCAAUGGAAAGAGACAAGUUAAAAAUGGAAAACACAACAAUUCUAAUCGACCGGAGCGGCGAAAUGAAAAAUUCAAUCAAAGAUUCAAGAAAAAUAUAAAUUCAAACAAGAACAACAAAGAUUCGGAAAACAAAGUUCAUUACUGUGUUAAUCCUAAAAUUUUGCUGAAAACAUUAAAAACGAAAAAAACAAACGACAAACAAACAGAAUUUAGCAAGAAACAAAAAGAUUUUCAAGCACAGAAGAAAAAAAGAAAUGCGAGUUUUCUCAAGACAACACGAAAAGGUCAACCAGUUCUGGGAGCUAGAAUGAAAAUAUUAUACAAUCAAAUUCAGAAAAAUUGUGAAAACCAUGAGAAUAGGGAAUUUCAAUUCCCAACUGUGGACGCUUUACAACGACGACGCCAUACAGUAGCUUAUAGCGCUGAUUCACAAAGUGACAAUGAUGGAGAUGGCACGUUUCAGUCUUACAUAGUCAUUGAAUUUGAGAAAAAUGUCAACAGGCACGCUCUUCAUUGGAUUGUCGAUAAAAUAAGGAAGAAAAAAAUCGAUGGUGGAGCAGAAUUGCUAAUCCAAAAGCAACCUUCUUUAAGCGAUGAAAAAGGUCUCAUCAUCCACAUAUCUGCUACGAAACUGAGACUCUUAGAACUUGCUGAUGAAAUUGGGUUUACAAAGCAAACAGAAAAUGGGAUGAGAAAUUUCAACAUUGGAUGCCUCGACGAUUUUGUCUAUGAAGAUAACAUGACAAUCGAUGACAUUCUAACACCAGCCGAAAAACAAUACGUGAUAAAAUAUGCAUUAGAAAAUAUCAAAGCAAAGGCAGAUGAACGACACAUACCCGGCUACGCUUCCGUUUUUCUUUACCAUGGUCAAUCAAUUAUUCAAGCAGCAAUUUCGGAAGAGCUUAUCUCUAUGUCUUCAUUGCAUGAUAAAAAAUAUAUGAAACAAUUGGGUACAGAAUGGUGGAACGUAAAAAAAAUAUUACAACCUCAGCCCAUCGAAAAGAUUCGCUUUUACUUUGGAGAUGCGAUUGGAAUAUAUUUUUCAUUUGUAGGAAAAGAUCCAAUUACGGGAAAAAUGAUGCCUCAUUAUCCAGUUUGGAAGACAAUGUGCCAAGUUUAUUUUGUAUCUGUGCCAGUUAUUCUUAUUUGUUCAAUUGGUGCUGUAUUCAUGACACUUUGUCAAUUUUGGUUUGAAGAUUACUUGACUGUAAAAUUUGGUUACGAAUCUUACAUUGUGCUUAUACCAUCAAUCUGUCAAUCAAUUUUUGUAGCAACUUUGACAGUUUUUUAUGAUCGCUUUGCAACUUAUUUGACAGCAAAAGAAAAUCAUCGAACUCAAUCUCAUUACGAACGAUAUCGCGUGAACAAAUUGAUUGUUCUUGAGUUUGUGAACAACUUCUUCUGCUUGUUUUACAUUGCAUUCGUUAAACGUGACAUGAAAAUGCUUCAAAAUCAACUCAUGACUCAGAUGAUUAUUUUACAAUUUGUUCAAAGUGCCCAAGAAUUUCUCAUACCAAAGCUGAAACAAAAGUAUUACUUGUGGUGUGAAUAUCGGAAAGGCGAAGACGCCAAUGCGAAGAAAAAGAGAGAUAAUGAAAGUUUUGAAUCUGUUUUUGAAGAUCUUAAUAUUCAAGAACUUGGAGCAGAUGAUUCGAGGAUUUACCAAUACAUGAGGGAAAGCGCUAAGGAAAAUUAUGAGACUUACGAAGAUUAUCUUGAACUUUACAUUCAAUUUGGUUACGUUGUUCUUUUUUCGUCAGUCGCUCCCUUAGCAGCAUUCUGGGCACUCUUGAAUAACUUUUUCGAGAUAAGGUUAGAUGCGUAUAAGCUUUGCAAAACCUUCCGUCGUCCAAUGGCUAAACGUGCGAAAAAUACUGGAGCAUGGCAACGUGCUUUUGAAGUUCUAGCAUGUCUAUCAAUCAUGACAAACUGUGGUAUUCUUUAUCUAUCUCCACAAGUUAGAGAUUUGACUCAUACUAUGACAGCUGAAUUGAAGCUAAUUGUCUUCGUCGGUUUGGAACAUUUUUUAUUACUCUUAGCGUGGAUAAUACAUAAAGCGAUUCCUGAUCGGCCAAAAUCUGUACAAAUCGCAUUAGCACGAGCAGAUUACGAAUCAAAACAGGCACAGAAACGUGAAGUAAUGUUUAAUGAAAAUCUUUGAUAAACUCAAAAAAGAAAAUUUUGUAGAUUCAUCCUCAGAACGAUGACUACCGUACUUUGCUUCUUUUGUUAUUGUUAUUUUUUAAAACACUUGUGUUUCAGAAUUUUUAAUUAGAUAUUCUGAUUCAACCUUUUAUUCUAAUUGAAUCUUCCUAUCUAAAUAAUUAAAAACCCUCGUACUGAUAUAUUUUGAUAGAAGAUUUGGAUAUAA